AUGGAUAUUCUAUUUAAACGAGCAUGCAAUCUUCGUUCAAUUACAAUAGAUUGCGAUGAUUCUGAGAGAAUGAAGUUAAUAACUCUAAACGCUAUCUGUUUGAAAUUACCACGUCAUAUUAAACGUCUUGAUACUGAUAUCACGUAUGUGAAUGAUGCAAAAAUAAUAUUGAAGCGAGCCGAAAAUUUAUCAAGUGUCACGUUUAGAUAUUGUGACCCAAGUACAUUCAGCGACGAGAUCUUUAAAUGGCUCUCACAAAUGGAAAGAAAUGUGAAUUCUAAGGUAAAGUCGAACAUAUUAAUUCAUCCCGACGGUUAUGAUGACAUCAGUAACCCAGUCUAUUUGUGGCUUGGCGAGAGCCUGAAUAAGUUACCGAACACAUCCAAUAGUCACAAACGUAUCAAGCGAACUCAUCACUAUCCAUAUUCAUGAUUUAUUCGUUUCGACAAACAUGGUUUUAAAUCUUUAUUUACAUAUUAUAAUCAAUUCAUUGCGCAGCGCAAGUGAUCUUCAAAUAAAACUCGAAAUAUUUUUAAUUAUAAUAAUUUUUCAUUAAAAAAAUAUAUUCACGUAUGUUUUCUCUUCAUGUAUAUGUACAUUCAACAACGUUUUUUACGCCUUAUUAAUCCAUAUGUUACGACUGUGACGAUUUUAGAUAGAAGAAGAGCUAGCGCUGAUGGAACUACGCUUUAUUGUAUUUCUUCCUAUUAAGAAUCGCAUCGUUUACAUACAAAGCAUACGCUUAUAUACUCGUCCAUAGAAGAAAAGGAGAUAACAGGAAAGGAAAGGACAGUAAGGACAGAAUAUAAGUGCUAUAUGAUAGGGACAACGUACAACACGAUGUACUAAGUAAGGACAGAAAACCAAGGACAAUAAAUAAGAUAACAACAUAAUAAGCGUAUUAUAACACAAUAGAAAGUAUUUCAUUGAGUUGUUACACUCCCGGAUAAGGUUUGGACACUCUCCACAUACAUUGUCACAACGACUUAUUAUUUAGGACAUUUUUAUUGUUAAAUAAGCACAAGUAAUUUAUAAAUACUUAAUCAAUUUGAUUUUGUUUUAGUUAAAAAAAAAUAAUUUUCUUCCAAUAAAAUUUCUACCGAAAAAUUCAUUCUUAUUAUUCGUAAAGAAGCAACUAAUUUACGAAAUUUCGUUGAAUUUUUUUUCAAUAGGAAGAUAUAUCAAUUAUAUGAAGAAUUUCUCGUAAGAAAAUAUUCAAGUAAAUCAGCAAUAUAAUAAAAACAAAUAUUUCAAAAGGAUUGGUUUCAUGAGAACUUGAUGAUAUUUUCUACAAUUUAAAAACUUUAAAUCAAUAAGAUUAUCAAACAGUUUAAUUCAAAUAUUGAUUAUAAUUAAUGUUCAUGAUAAAUAAUAUAAUAUAUUGAAAAUAGGAUUAAUUAACAGAUUAAUAUCAGAUUAAGAUAUUCACGUUCUUAGAUUUAGCAUAGUUCAAUCUGAAAAAGUUUCUUCAGAAUCUUACUAAUUUUCAAAUUUUGUCAUGUUUGUUAUACUGAUUAGCUAAUGAAUUGAAGCCAAACUGAAAUUCGAUGACAAAUGUUAUUUAAAAGAACCAAAAUUGAUUCUCAAAAUAAGACGUUUAUUGCCGAAUCAACAACUAAAGAGAUAAUAAACGGUCGAGAUAUGAAAAUUAAGAUAAACAAAAAGAUUAUUUCUUCGAUUGAACUAUGGUUUUCGAAAUUUAAUUAAAAAAUUGUUCGGAUCAUUUAUUCACCGAGAAUGAAUUUCUAUUGAAAGCAUUUGUUUUCGUUUUUUGUUUUAAUUUUAAUCUCUUUACAACUUGGGUGUGAGCGUGUUCGAAAAUAAUAUACCAACACCCACCCACACUCACACCUACAUCCACACCCACACCCACACACGCACACCCACCCGCCCACCCACACCCACCCACACCCACCCACACUCACCCAUACCAACACCCCACACUCUACACCCACACCCACGCCGUGACAGAGAAUCCAGGCACCCGUCGCAGAUCGUGACAGAGAAAUUGUAGUUGUAAAGCAUCAGAUAAACGGUUAGCUACAAAGGUAUUGCAACAUAGUGGAACGAAAGGAUUUCCAUUGAAUUAGUAAUAGUAGAGCCAUUGUGUUUCACAUUUUUAAUCCCG